GCGGCGGCAAAGGCAAAGGCAGGCAGUGAAAGAGGCGGCAGCAGCGGCUGUUUCGAGGGGUGGAGGCGGGCAAGCUGAGGCACCUGAGCGGCAUCCGCCUCCUCUUUCUCCUCCCUCUCUCCGCCCUCUCAGUGGUUUCGUCUUUCUUUCUUUCCUCCGCCCGGAAACUCACAAGAGAGGCAGCCACGUUGCCUCAGUCCUACCGACCUGGGCCGGAUUCGGCGGCAGCGGCAGCGGGUCCCCUGAGGAGAGCCGGGAGCCCGCGCUUUUCCUUGGCGCCUUUCCCGCCCUCCCGCGGGUCUGAGGAGCCCUCUCCCCCGCGCCUUACGUCCACCAGGUAUCUUCUCUUCACUACCGCCAAAAGACCGGCCUUGCCCCCUGAUUGUAAACACGCCAGAUGUUGGGUGCCAUGGCUGAGACUGCAGGAGAAGAACCGGUCUUCAAACUUGGAGAACGGUGCCAUGAGUGUGGGCAGCUCCACUUGUUGCUAGACAAUCAUCUUUAUAACUUCCAGGAUGAAGUGGAUGAUGAGCUCACUUGCCAUAUUUGCCUUCAGCCUUUGCUGCAGCCUAUGGACACACCUUGUGGACACACAUACUGUUUUAAGUGCCUUGAGAACUUCAUGCAGGAGUAUGACUUCUGCCCUAUGGAUCGGAAAAAGCUGUCCUUCCAGCAGUGCCGGAAGUCUUCCCUUUUAGUGCGGAAUUUACUUGAUAAGCUCAUUGUCCUCUGCCCCUUUCAAGAAGAUUGUAAGCACACUAUGCAACGGUGUGAGUUAGAGGCUCACUUGCAAAACAGGUGUCCUGGGUUCAAGAAGUUCAAAGCUCAUCUUGAAAGGAAAAAGAAUCCUCGCUUCAGGUUGAAGGCAGAUUCUCUUUCCAGACAGGAAGCGAGUACUGUAAAGGAGCCUGAGAUAUUGAACGCAGUGCCGUCCCUUGUUUCUGGAAGUUCAAUAGCUGCAGUGGUUUCCCUGGAGACACCAGAACCUGGAUUGAUUAAUCCAGCCUUUGAUGGGAGUGAAGAAGAUUUACCCCAAAGAGCCAGUCUUUUAGCAGAGACAACUACAAUUGAAAUUCACCGAGAAGACCCUGAGGAAGAACUUGGGAUGCGGAUAGUUGGGGGUAAAGACACCCCACUAGGCAACAUUGUUGUCCAAGAAGUUCUUCGGGAUUCAGUUGUUGCUGCAGAUGGAAAAAUAGCGCCUGGAGACCAUAUCCUGGAAGUGAAUGGCGUCAACAUCAGCAGUGUGACCCAUGCUCAAGCUAUCUCCUUACUGCGUCAGCGCUGUGCUGUGUUUCACUUCAUAGUACUGCAAGAGAAAGGGUUUACCACCAGAACUGGGCAACUGGAUUCCAGCCGUUCAGUAAACCAGGAAGUGAUCCAUGUUACCCUUGUAAAGAGAGACCGAUCUGAACCUCUUGGCAUCAAAUUGAUCAGAAAAACAGAUGAGCCUGGGAUUUUCAUUCUGGACCUUCUAGAUGGAGGCUUGGCAGCCAAAAAUGGGAAACUUAGUCGGAAUGAUAAAGUUCUCUCUAUAAAUGGCCAGGAUCUAAGACAGGGAACUCCUGAAGCAGCUGCACAGAUAAUCCAGACUUGUGAAGCGAGAGUAAACUUUGUUGUUCUCCAUCAGUCUGGUGUGCAACUCCCAGAAACUGUUGAAGAUGGCAGCGCAUCAAACACCAGCAGCAGUAGCAGUGGAGGAAGCCCAGUGCAUCGUCGCAGAAGACCUGAACAGAAUCAUUAUCAAUGGAAGUCCAAUUACCAGAAGGCACUCCCUCAAGGUUACCUCAGCCAAGAGAAGUUAGUUAACAUAAAGAAGGAGCCAAAAGAAUCUCUGGGAAUAACUAUUGGAGGUGGAAGAGACAGUAAAAAUAAACUCCCUAUUUAUGUAACUAGCGUACAGCCUGUUGGAUGCCUCUUCAGAGAUGGUAGAAUUAAGAGAGGAGAUGUACUGUUGAGUAUAAACAAUGUUGAUCUGACUCAUCUUAACUACAGUGAAGCAGUCUCUGCGCUGAAAUCAAAUGCAGCACUGCACACAGUGACAUUGAAAGCCUUGGAAAUUGUGGUAACGGAAAAGACAUCUGAAUUUACUGAGGCACAAGAUACCAGGGAAAGUGGGUUUAGCUGGGCUAGCUGGGCUCCUCUCUGGAUCAUGUGGCUUGGAUUGCCUAGUCACCUCCAUUGCUGUCAAGACAUUAUCCUGCGUAAAAGCAACUCUGAGAGCUGGGGAUUCAGCAUAGUUGGUGGGUUUGAAGAAAACAAAGGGAACCAUCCAUUCUUCAUUAAAACUAUUGUGCCUGGAACACCUGCUUUCUGGGACAGAAGACUGAAAUGUGGAGAUGAAAUUGUGGCUGUAAAUGGAGUGUCUGCCAUGGGAAUGAGCAAUGCUGAAUUGAUUCCCAUGCUGAAGGAACAACGGAAUAAAGUAACUCUUACUGUGGUGUCCUGGCCCGGAAGCCUUGUUUAAGACAUAAACUCAGUAUAAUUUUGGGACUACUUUGGUACCAGAUUUCAAGGCUUUGAGUGAUGAACCAACCAAAGAAACAGUGAACUGAUUUAAGAUGGCUUUUCUCAAGACUGUCACCUAGAAUCCUAUUCCUAUGCCAAAGGCAAACUGCUUAUUUUAUUUUUUAUUUUAUUUUUUUACCCAGCUUCCUGGCAGACAGAAGCCAUGCUUCAGUGAUCAGUUAAUGUUUUUGUUAUGUAACUAUUGGACGUUGAACAUAUGAAAUCUAAACUACAGCCUGUUUCUCCUCAACUCACAUUUUAAUCCCCCGAUAAACUGCUUUGGAGUUUGUUUUUACAAUCAAGGGGUAUAUAAAUUUUAUGAAUUAUGAAUAUAUAUAUGAGUACAAGAGAAACCUGUAAAAACGGUUUUCAUGAUUACUUAUGGCUCCUGGUAAAUUCAGUAAACAUUGGCUAAUGUCGCAGGUGGCACUGCAGGUUAAACCACAGAGCCUAAGACUUGCUGAUCAGAAGGUCGGCGGGUUGGAAUCCCCGCGAUGGGGUGAGCUCCCAUUGCUCCGUCCCUGCUGCUGCCAACCUAGCAGUUUGAAAGCACGUCAAAGUGCAAGUAGAUAAAUAGGUACCGCUCCGGCGGGAAGGUAAACGGCAUUUCUGUGUGCUGCUCUGGUUCGUCAGAAGUGGCUUAGUCAUGCUAGCCACAUGAUCCGGAAGCUGUACGCCGGCUCCCUCGGCCAAUAAAGCGAGAUAAGCGCCACAACCCCAGAGUUGGUCACGACUGGACCUAAUGGUCAGGGGUCCCUUUACCUUUUAACUUUGGUAGCUUUAAAGAUGUUGAUAAAUAAAUCCUGCAAGUCAUUAUUAAGGUCUGCCUUACCAAAACUAUCGUCUCCUUUUCAUGCUUGGUAGAAAGGAUAUGUGAAUGCCAACUUUUGGGUAAGACUCACAAGAUGUUCUUCCUCCUUUUUUUCUGCUCUUCUGUGCCUUGUUGAACUUGAGACCAUUUGCAAUGUAAAGCUUGUCUCUGAGCAUUUGUGUUUUUUGUGUGAGGACAUGAUGCACUAGUGUGAUGCCUACUGCACCAGCCUUCUUCUGCUUGAAGACAGGAUCUUUAUUGCUGAUGAAAAUGAACUGAAGGACCAAUGGAAUAAUGUUCCUGUUGAUGCAUUAGCAAGUAGAGAUCUCUCAACAUUUAUUUGUGUUACCGCUGCUUGUUGCAAUUCAGGCUCUGGGUGGCAAGUUGCAUCUCAUUCCCACUGUCUCUCUGAAAGAGUUGGGGAUUGGCAUCUAAAGCCAGUGAUGGGAAAAUUCUGCAACUUGAAGAAAGUUGAAUGGAUGGCCCCUGUACCAAGAACAGAGACUGUGUACAAUGACUGAAUGUAAGAGAAAUCUGACAGGACUUUCAGUGAACAUAUCAUAGAACCAAAAUAAAUGUAAUGGCAGCAGACCCAUGUGCAGAAUUAGGCCUGCUGCAGAACUGUAAAAUACUGUAUGUGUAAAUUUAAACCCCAACACCCCUUCUCACAACAUACUUCUUCAAAAAAUUAUGGCCAUGCUUAUACUUCCGGUCACAUAACUAGCAGGGCAAAAAUGGCUUAAAAAUAAUAAUAUGGAGGGAAAUGUAUGGUUGCUGAAAAGCAUGCAUAUCCAUCCAGAAAUGCUGUGUUUUAAAUUGUCUCCUCUGCAUCCCCUACUCCCGACUUUGUAAGGGAUCUUGCCACUGUACUAUCUAGUUGUGUGCUUGUAGAAGGGGAGACAAAUAGCUGUUAUGACAAUUUUGUGUAGCUUGGGAUGGAAACCCCAUCAAAGCCUAUCCAUUCUGCUAUUGUCCUUUUCCCACCCCACAAUGUGAUUUUUUAAAAUGGCAUUACUUCUCUCAGUAUUGGGGCUCUCCUGCUUCAAUGUUUUAGUGUUUAAGAUCCAAGUAGCAAGGGACAUUGGAAGCAGCAUUCUACCAAGUCAGAACAUUGGUCCAUCUGGCUUAUUAUUGUCUACACUGACUGGCAGCAGUUCUCCAGGGUUUCAGGGAGGAGUCACUCCCAAACAUGAAGUGCUGGGGAUUGAACUUGGAGACUUCUGCCUGCAAGGCAGAUGCUCUAGCACUAAGCCGUGGCCCUUCCCUGCAAUUAGGUAUAACAUUCCUUUUUUUGCCAGAGGCCUGCUGUUAAUAGUUGGAUGGCAUGUAGAAAUUGCUGGGCCAGACAGUUGAUACAGAAGUGUGGCAUCUGCAGGUAAAAUUCAGCUACGCAGUUACCAAGUACACCUUGCGGGGUGAGUGGGUGGGUGGGAAUGGAACACCUAAUGUUGACAGGACUGUUUAUUUCAAACUUAGUAAAGAUAUACUCUACUUCCCUGGGCAACCACAGUUCCAAGCUGGUCUCCAAGUGUAGGCUCAUUUCCAUGAUUCUACUAGCUUGAUUGUAGACUACAGACAGUAAGUUUGAGGAAACUUCCAUAAGGAUGGCAGUGUGGGGUGCUCCUUUGUUGUUCUAAGAUUGUGGUUUGCUUAAUGUGAGUCUCUGCCCCUGUGAAAACUGCUUGCUUUACCUGCAUUCUAUAGGGCAAGUGUAAUGCUUAAAAUAACUUUUGGUCCAGCAUUUCUGUAUACAGUGGUACCUCGGGUUAAGAACUUAAUUCAUUCCGGAGGUCCGUUCUUAAUCUGAAACUGUUCUUAACCUGAGGUACCACUUUAGCUAAUGGGGCCUCCCACUGCCGCCGUGUGAUUUCUGUUCUCAUCCUGAAGCAAAGUUCUUAACCCGAGGUACUAUUUCUGGGUUAGCGGAGUCUGUAACCUGAAGCAUCUGUAACCCGAGGUACCACUGCACUAGUAUAUGUAACUUGUAUAAAAUGCAGGUUGAAAUCAGACUAAUAGCUAUGUGUGAAAUACAAGUUCAGUGGUCAACUUUCAGGAGGAGCAGUCCAUCAAAUCUACAUGUUUAAAGAAUCCAAAAGGACCCAAGGAAUGAUUCAAAUUGCCAUCUCUGAUUUAAAUGUCUUCACUGCCUCAUUUGGGUGUUGCAAGCUGUUGUUAUUGCCAUGUGUGAGAGGACAUUGAUCUAAUAGGGCAUGCAAUUUUCAUGUGGGUGAGGUGUUCCUGCAAGUCACAGCAUCAAUACUGAGUGUUAAUGCCUUCAUGUAAAUGUGGUAUUAAAAGGAAUCACCAUUUACAUCUCCUUGCAAGGGGUGAUUACAGAAUCCACAAGACCCAAGGCGGAAGCCAGGAGUAAUAUUUGCCUCUUGCAAUGACUGUAGAGAGGAAAUUGUAUGCUUUUUCCAAAUGAAGGGUAUGUGCUGCCUCAGCAGCACUAUUUCACUAUGUUGUCUUAUUUCAAGGUGCCUUUAACAAUCACCAGUAAAUCUACAUUGUUUUGCACCAAAGAGAUUAUGAUACAUUGUUAACAACUGUUAUUAUUUUGAUGCGUUUAUAAAUUAUUCUGAAGUUAUUGAAACUGUUUCGAUGAUGUGUUAUUCUGAUCAUAUUGGCUCUCCUAGCAUGCAGCAUCCCUACAACUAGCUUCUAGCUUUUAGAAGUCAGACUCUAAGCUAGCUGUCAGGUAGCUUAUUGUGAUAAUUUUGUCAUAAUACUUUCCUUUUUUGGACAAAGCUUCAUGUGGCUGUUACUGUUCUAAAAAAUAAAAGUCAAUGAUUUGCCAA